GUCUUCAAGUCUUCGAGACUUGAGACUUGACAAAACUUCCAUCGCAAAUCGAAAAGAUUCGGUCACUCUCGUAAAUCUCUUGCUCUGACCUUCCACAAAAUCGGAGCUAUUGAUCCUGCAAUUGCUCGUCGAUCUCAGUGAUGGAGUUUUGGGGUGUUGAGGUCAAAAGUGGAGUGCCUCUCGAGGUUGAACCUGGUGAUGAAAUGAUUUUACAUCUUUCACAGGCAUGUCUUCCCGAGGUGAAAAAGGAUAAGGAAAAUGAGUCUGUUUGCUUGCAUCUGAAGAUUGGAAAUCAGAACCUUGUUCUUGGAACACUGUCACCUGAGAAAUUCCCGCAGUUAUCUUUUGAUCUCGCGUUUGAGAAGAAGUUUGAGCUGUCUCAUAACUGGAAAAAUGGAAGUGUCUACUUCACUGGAUAUAAAGUUUCCCAGCCUGAUCAUGGUAGAUCUGAGUCUGAUUAUGAUAGUGAAGAGGAACUUCUCCUUCCUGUUGACAAUGGUAAAGGUAUAGCUGGUUCCCAGGCCACCCAAAGCAAGCCUAUUGUGGAAAAGGCAAAUGCCAAGGAGCCCAAUUCUAAUGCAGCAGCUAAGCAGGUAAAAAUUGUGGAACCAAGCAAGGGCAUCAAGCCAAUCCAGGACAAGGAUGAUAGUGAUGAUGAAGACGAUGAUAGUGAAGAUGACGAGGGUGAUAGUGAGGAUGCCGAGGAUUCGAGUGACGAUCAGGGAGUUCAGCGUCUGCUUAAUAACGAGGAUGAAAGCAAUGACAGUGAUGAGGAAGAUGAAAGUGAAGAAGAGGAUGACAAGGAUGUUCUUGGCACUUCAGAAGAUGACGAUGCAACACCAAAGAAAGCUGAACCAAGCAAGAAGAGACCUAUUGAAUCGGCUGCAAGAACCCCUAUUCCUGACAAGAAGGCGAAGUUGAACACUCCCCAGAAGACUGAUGGAAAGAAAGGGGUAGUCCGCACUGCAACUCCUCACCCUUCUAAGCAAGUUGCGAAAACACCUGUUGUCAGUGCCCAGAGUAAGCAGAAGAAUCAAAAAUCAGGAGCUUUCUCUUGCCAGUUCUGCAAGCGGUCCUUUAACUCCGAAGGUGCUGUACAGUCUCAUACAAAGGCUAAGCACAGUGCUACUUGAGGACUAGGCAGUCAAAUUGCCUUAUGCGGGGCUCUCUCUUAAUGUUUCAAGAAUGAUUAGAAAAGAUUAUGUCUAUAAAUGGAUAAGCAAAGUACUCUGGUUGCUUGUGACUUGUGAGUUGACUUUAUCUCGUUAAUGAUUCGAGAAUGAUUAGAAAAUAUUGUAGGUCUGUAAAUGGAUAACCAAAGUACGCUGGUUGCUUGUGACUUGUGAUUUUAUUGGUCUUGUCUCAUCGGUUUGGAUUCAAGUGUUUUUCCUCCA